UAUUUUUGGUAAAAACCAGUGACUGCAAGCCGAAACCUAAAUCUAGAGGACGUUGGACUCAUAAAUACAUGGUAUUUGCCCUCCCCCAAUGAAUUCAUCUAUGGCGAGAUCAGUUGGUUUUAGCCGAUUAAUUGGGUUUUGCUCCUCAAAGAAGUCAUUUUUUGGGAGAUCAGUUGGUGUUUGCUCCCCUAAGAAUUCAUGUAAUGGUUUGAGACCUAAUGGUUUACGCCCCCAUUGAUUUCAGUUGGUUUUCGUCCCUCAAUGAACUCCUCUUCAUUGAUCCUAUGUCCAAACGGAGGCAGUAGUACUUUUGCUACUGCUACUCAUACAGAAGAAAUAAUAGCUAGAAGAAGCGUGCAGCUUCCUUGGUUGAUGCUGCAGCCGCCGGAGAGCACAUCUGUCUACAAAUUCUACAGACUGUCCAAAAAUGACGUGAAAGUGGUGGCUGUGGAAAGUAGUGAUCAGGACCCAUCUGAUUCCUACUCUCAGUUCUUGGGAUCACCGUUUGUGGGAUGGAUGGCUUACAUACGACGAAAAGAUUGUCAGUUUUUUCUAUUUAACCCACUCUCUGGGGAAAAAAUCAUUCUUCCAUCCGUUGAAACCCUUCCCUUUCAUAAAGGCAUCAUCCGGAACGAGCUUUCUGGUUCGGUCGAGAGCUAUACUCCGUACUAUUCAGCCGACGGGAGCCCCAUUUCCCCACAAAUGUUUUCCAAAUGCAUCCUCGAAGAUGUUGUUCUCUCGUCAUCUCCUAUGGAUGAUGACUGCAUAGCUGUGAUCACUUAUGGCUCUCCUCCUAAACUCGCCUUCUGCAGAAUACGACAUGGUCAUCCCAAUUCCUCCUGCUGGAUUCUCCUCGAUUCCCCCUUUAAACAAUGCUUUCAAAUUGUUUACCACAGUGUGAAAAAACUAUUCUACACGCUAAGCUGGAAUGAUGAGCUUGAAGCUUGGGAUCUCCAUAGCGAUCCAAUUAAGAGGUUUCACUUUCAUGAGGAUCAGACUCGAGUUUUGAAAACCACGAGAUAUCCCAUAAAGAAGGUAGGUCGGUUUAAGAGGUCUAUUGAUUCAAUUUAUUGGGGGGAUAAGUCAUUCUUGGUGUAUGACCACCAAAGCCAAGAGCUUUUUCUUGUUAUACGUUUUGUUUUACAUAGCCUCGAUUUGCAGUAUGUUCACUGGGUGCCACAUAUACGCCCUGAUUCGCUUCCCCACAAGACACUAGGUUUUGAAGUAUUCAAGUUUGAUUUCAUAAACGAUGAUAAUGAUCAUCAUCUUGUGAAGCUUCCAUUAUUGGAAGAUAUUGGAGAUCGUGCAAUCUUCGUUGACAAAAGACGGGCUUUUGCUCUCUCAACCACACAAUUUCCUGAAUUGAGGUCCGGUUCUAUUUACUUU